UAAAUAAGCCCAUAUGUACAUUGUCCAUUUUUUUUUUCUUUGUUUGAAUUGUUAAAAUGAUUUUUGGCAGCAAAAAAUGUCCUUGUUGCUUAGUCUCAGGAUGAAAAGAAAAAGGGAAAAACAAAAUAUUCCGUGUUCCCUAGCAGUGUCCCAUACGUUCUCCUUAUAGGACACAGCUAACAUCUGGUGCACAUUGGCUCCUCUCCCUCCCCCUCGCCUGCACAUCUACAGUUUCCUUUCUGUGUUUCCUUUAGCAAAAUUCAUGUGGUGGGAAGUCGUGCCUAAUCUGGUCAAAAACAGCAUCCCUUUUGGUCUAGUCCUGAGCAGACCAUUAAUAUCAUGGGAUCUUUAUGGCGCUUGUGUACUUUCUCUGCUCCCCUGUUCCUGGUAAUGCUCUGGGGCGACUCUUUAGCCACAACCGACUAUGAUGAUUAUUCCACAGAAGAACCAACCAAUGACACUGAGCCCUCAGACUUCAAGAUGUGCCCUCGGUCCAUCCCAGGGGAAGUUGUCAGCAAAAAUAACCAGACCUACCUCUGCAUCUCUCCAUCCUCCAUAGCUCACUUGAAAAGCCCCAUCACUGUACUAGUCAUUCCUUCCAUAUAUACUCUGGUAUUUCUGGUGGGAUUGCCAGCUAAUGCUGUGGCUUUUUGGGUCUUGGUCACCAGAGUUAAGAAGAUGACUUCCACUGUUUUCCUAAUAAACCUGGCUGUUGCUGACCUCUUGCUCAUUGUUACUCUUCCAUUUAAAAUCUCAUAUUAUUUUCUUGGCAAUGACUGGAUUUUUGGGGAGACCAUGUGCAGAGCCGUCACUUGCUUUUUCUAUGCAAACAUCUACUGCUCGGUUUUCCUCCUCAUGAGUAUCAGUGUGGACCGUUACAUGGCCGUGGUGCACCCUUUUUUCUCUCGAACAUUUAGAAGCAAAAACUUUGCCAUUUUUAUGUGUUCCAUUUCAUGGAUGAUUGCAGUUUUAUCCAUCUUGCCCCUGGCAUCAAUGCGUCAGUCCUAUCCUCUGUCAGAGAGCGACCUUACCCUAUGUCAUGAUGGUCUGCCAAGGCAAGAGAAGUACUUGUUCUAUUACUUUGUAUGCCUCAUUGUCUUGGGCUUCCUUUUACCUUUAACCAUCAUUAUAUUUAGCUAUGUGUCUGUUAUCUGUGUGCUUAUGCGCAAUGAAGAAAAGUAUGCCUAUGCUUUAAAAUUAAUCGCCCUGGUUCUUGUCAUAGUAAUUGUCUUACUGGCGCCCAGCAAUGUGGUACUUCUCAUUCACUACUCCAAGCAUUUUCUUCAAGCCGAUGGUGACCUUUAUUCAGUCUACAUGGUCUGCUUGGCCAUCAGUUCAUUAAACAGCUGUGUAGAUCCUUUUGUGUAUUAUUACGUCUCAGAUGAGUUCCGUGAAAAGGUGAGGCAACAGUUUAGAAAAAGGUCUAAAUUAUCAAUCACCUCACUCAAGACUUCCAAAGACAUUGUACCUGUCACCAGCUCAACGUCCCAUUCUCGCUCAGUUUUGUAAUAUUACAUUCUUUUCUACCCCUGAUAUCAUUACCAAGGUAAUGGGAUUUUAAUGAUGUGCCCAAAAAAGGAGACUUAUUGCCAGGCCUGAAGAAGAGAAACCAACUGGUGGAGAAAAGGAGGUUAUAUAUCAUUACAAAGGAGGACAAGGCUUUACAGGCUGGCAACAUCAUGCGCUCCUUAUGGUGCUACAGAUAUAGGAUCCAUUAUCAAGAACACUCUGGAUUACAGGAAGGCUGUGUCCCAUAGACUCCAUUAGCAGCAAAUUAUUCCAAUUUUUAAAACUGAUUUUCUUUUUCUCAUUAAUAAUAAAACAGUACUUUGGACCUAACUGUAACUAAGCUGCAUGGGUUUAAUGAACAGGGUGAUAGAGAAUGGCCAGUUCUGAACAACUUUUCAAUUGGUCUUCAUUGUCUUUUUUUUUAUAGUUUUUUUUAAUCAUUUGCUUUCUUUUUCUGACU